ACCAGGACCGCGCCCACAACAAUGAAUCAGUCAGCACUGACAACAGACCUGGUACCCACUGCCAACAGCAGCCUUGUGGACCCGGAUCCCAACCACUCUUGCCCCCUGGGCUGGGGCCAGAACGAAGGCCUGGAGGCCUGCGUCUUGGAGACUGCCGUCAUCGUGCUACUGACAGUGCUUAUCAUCGCUGGAAACCUGACGGUGAUCUUCGUGUUCCACUGCGCCCCCCUGCUGCACCACUACACUACCAGCUAUUUCAUCCAGACCAUGGCCUAUGCUGACCUGCUGGUAGGCCUCAGCUGCCUGGUCCCCACACUGUCCCUGCUGCACUACCCGGCCGGCGUCCAGGAGCCCAUCACCUGCCAGGUCUUCAGCUACGUCAUCUCGGUACUCAAGAGUGUCUCCAUGGCCUGCUUGGCCUGCAUCAGCAUGGACCGUUACCUGGCCAUCACCAAACCCCUGUCCUACAACCAGCUGGUGACGCCGUGCCGGCUCCGUGGCUGCAUCGCCCUUAUAUGGGUCUACUCCUGCCUGAUGUUCUUGCCCUCCUUCUUUGGCUGGGGCAAGCCGGGCUACCACGGAGACAUCUUUGAGUGGUGCGCCCACUCCUGGCCCACCUCGGCACUCUUCACAGGCUUUGUGGUGUGCCUGCUGUACGCGCCCGCUGCUCUGGUGGUCUGCUUCACCUACUUUCACAUCUUCCGCAUCUGCCAGCAGCACAAUCGGGAGAUCAGUGAGAGGCGGGCACGCUUCCCCAGCCAGGAGAUGGAGGCUGGGGAGGGAGGUGGCAGUGGCAGCGGCGGGGGGCACCACACGGGUCACGGGCCUGACCGGCGCUACGCCAUGGUGCUCUUCCGCAUCACCAGCGUCUUCUACAUACUCUGGCUGCCCUACAUCAUCUAUUUCCUUUUGGAGAGCUCCCACGUGCUGGACAGCCCCGCCCUGUCCUUUGUAACCACCUGGCUGGCCAUCAGCAACAGCUUCUGCAACUGCGUCAUCUAUAGCCUGUCCAACAGUGUAUUCCGCCUGGGCAUGCGCCGCCUCUCGCAGACACUCUGCUCCUUCAGCCACUGUGCAGCCGACGACAGGGACUUUGGAGAACCCAAACCCAGGAAGAGGCCAAAGUCCUGCUCCAUCUGAGGAGUUGCAGGGUAUUGUUAAAGAAGCCACACAUUUCAAAGGUUACAUC